CAAAGCUGAGAUACUUUCCGCAAACCGCCAAUUGAUUGGAAUGCUGGGUUUAUCGGUUCCCUUAAACUCGAUCCUCUUUGCACAUUCUUCAAUUUCCUUAGGAAGGUUCGGACCGAUCAGUGGGUUCUUCAAGAUACCAUCUUGGAAGACCUUCGCUGUUUCUUGAGGGAUUGAGUAGGCCGUUGGGCCUUUAGUGCCACUUACUCCAUUCGUUUGUCCGUUCAUAUAACCGUUUACUCUAUUGGAAGGCAUUUUAACGAAGAGCUUUUAAUAUUCCGUCAGUACUCCUGAUCUAUGGACAUGCAGCGCACACCGGCGGCCUUGGCAAAAUUCCUCGGAUUUAGAUCGAGUCGAUCAAUUCGAGUUAUUCCCCUAGCCAAUCAACACCGCACUGUCUCCGCAGUCGUAAGCAACCGCAAGGUAGAGGAAAAGAGGAGGGUUUCACGAGAUUUCGGAUGGAAGAUAAAAUCUUCAUCUGUUGUAUGUCCUCGGAUCCGAAACUUAAAAGAGGCCCCACGUCGGCAUUUCGCUCUUCCGAAUGGCUUCUCUAGGAUACGUGACGAGAUGGACGAAGGCGCCUUCCGUACAUUGGCUGACGUCGAAGUAGCCGACCCUAGAUAUCAUAUGAGAUAUCGAGCGGAGUUGGGAGAUAAGCUCACAUCUACGAUAGAAGUCAACAUCGCGGAAAAUGCACAAGCGCACGCCGCUGGAUGGGAAGAGACAGCAUGGGAUGGAAUCCAACAGACAAUUGACAUCCUAGCGCAGAAACGGAUAAAAGUGAUUAUCAAUGGUGGUGCGCACAAACCCAAAGGAUUGUCUGAGAAAGUGCAUCAGUUGGUCACGAAGAAAAACCUACUAUUGAAAGUCGCCUACGUCCUCGGCGACAACCUCAUCAACAAGAUUAAAGACAUCCGCAGCAAAGGACUCCCACCCCAUCUCGAUUCCGACAAUAGUGAAGUCCACCACGCAAAUCACACCCUCGAUCUCCUCAAAAAAGGCAACAAGCCGGUCAUCAGUGCAAACGCCUAUCUUGGCGCCAGAGAAAUCGUGAAAGGACUAAAAGAGGGGGCGGACAUCAUCAUUGCGGGGAGCGUCGCGGACGCGAGUCCGGUAUGUGUCAAGCCACUAAGCAGCCACACCUAUUUGAGGUUUCUUCACACUUUGGCGCCGCGUGGUACCGUGUUUCAUCGCCUAACACACGGCCCCUUGUAA